CCGCUUAAACCAGAUGAUCGUGUCAUGAUCCAGGCUAGUGGCCGUAUGCUGCAGAUUAAGGAGGCUCAGGUAUCAGAUACUGGUCGUUACACUUGUCUGGCAUCCAACAUUGCUGGAGAGGAUGAAAUGGAAUUUGAUGUAAAUAUACAAGUUCCUCCUAGUUUCCAAAAGCCUUAUAAGGAAUGGGAAACUGGUAACACAGUGGAUGCAGGAAGAGGUGGAGAAAGUAAAGAUGUGAUUGUCAACAAUCCCCUCUCACUGUACUGUGAGACCAAUGCUGUUCCUCCUCCAGUUCUUACAUGGUAUAAAGACGGCUUUCCUCUGAGCUCUAGCGAUAAAGUACUAAUAUUACCAGGAGGCCGAGUGUUGCAGAUUCCACGGGCACAGGCUGAAGACGCUGGGAGAUACAUGUGUGUGGCAGUCAACGAAGCUGGGGAGGAUUCCAUUCAUUAUGAUGUCCGCGUGCUCUUGCCCCCAGCCAUCAGUGGAGCUGAUGGUGAUCGCCCUGAAGAGGUGACGGUGCUUGUGAACAAGGCUGCAGCGAUGGACUGCAUUGCAAGUGGAAGCCCUUCGCCAAGUAUUACCUGGCAGAAGGAUGGCCACCUGCUAGCAGAAGAUGACAAACACACCUUUUUGUCCAGUGGAAGGAGGUUACAGAUUUUGAAUUCCCAAAUAACGGAUACCGGCAGGUAUGUCUGCAUUGUGGAAAACAUAGCGGGCAGCGCCAAGAAGUAUUUUAACUUAAACGUUCAUGUUCCUCCAAGUGUGAUUGGUACUAAUGCUGAGAAUUUGACUGUAGUGGUGAAUAAUUUCAUCUCUCUGACUUGUGAGGUCACUGGCUUUCCACCUCCUGAUCUCAGCUGGCUCAAGAACGGAAAACCUAUCAGUUCAAAUACCAACACUUUUAUUGUGCCUGGUGCUCGUACUCUGCAGAUUCCCCGAGCCAAGCUACUAGAUGGUGGUGAAUAUAUUUGUAUUGCCAGAAACCAAGCCGGGGAAAGUCAGAAGAGGAGUUUCCUGACUGUCCUUGUGCCCCCAAGCAUCAAAGACCAUGGUGGAACCUCCCUGACAGCACUGAACGUGAGAGUGGGCGCCCCGGUGGUGUUGGAGUGUGAAUCCAACGCUAUCCCACCACCAGUCAUCACCUGGUACAAGAACAGGCGCAUCAUUUCAGAGUCUGCGAAUGUGGAGAUCCUGGCAGAUGGGCAGAUGUUACGAAUCAAGAGCGCAGAGGUUUCUGACACGGGCCAAUAUGUGUGCAAAGCCAUAAAUAUUGCAGGGCGAGAUGAUAAAAAUUUCCAUCUUAAUGUUUAUGUGCCACCAAACAUAGAAGGCCCUGAACAAGAGUUGGUCAAUGAAACUAUCAGUAAUCCCAUUACCUUCGUGUGUGAUGCUACUGGAAUUCCUCCACCAACAUUAAUGUGGCUUAAGAAUGGAAAACCGAUAGAAAACUCCGAUUCUCUUGAAGUUCAUGUUUUAUCUGGUGGAAGCAAGCUUCAGAUUGCUCGCUCUCAGCUUCCAGACAGUGGGACCUACACAUGUGUUGCCUCAAACAUAGAAGGAAAAGCUCAGAAAAGUUAUGUGCUUUCUAUCCAAGUUCCUCCUGAUAUUGUUGGCUCUGAAAUGCCCAGUGAGGUCAGCGUCCUCCUGGGAGAAAGCAUCCAGCUGGUCUGCAAUGCCAAUGGAGUGCCCACACCUGUUGUGCAAUGGCAUAAAGAUGGAAAAACAGUUGCCAGUGAUGAUUUGCAAAGAACAAGAGUCACUCCAGAUGGCAGCACGUUAAACAUUUUCAGAGCGCUCAGUUCUGAUACAGGAAAAUACACUUGUGUGGCUACUAAUCCUGCAGGAGAGGAAGACCGAAUUUUCAACCUGAAUGUAUAUGUUCCUCCAACAAUAGCCAAUAAUAAAGAUGAACCAGAAGACCUCACUGCCCUUUUGGACACCUCCCUAAAUGUUGAAUGUACUGCUACCGGAACCCCACCACCUCAGAUAAACUGGCUAAAGAAUGGCCUGCCUCUGUCUGUCUCCUCCCAAAUCAGGUUGCUGUCAGCUGGGCAAAUUCUCAGAGUUGCCCGAGUGCAAAUAUCUGAUACCGGUGUGUACACUUGUGUAGCGUCUAACAGGGCAGGGGUGGAUAACAAGCAUUACAACCUUCACGUUUUUGUCCCGCCAAGCUUGGAUAACGCAGGAGGAACAGAGGAUGUGACUGUAGUAAAAGGCAAUUCGGCUUCAAUGGAGUGUCUUAGUGACGGCACGCCUGCCCCCACAAUGUCCUGGUUCAAAAAUGGGCAGCCUGUCAGCCUUGGAGCUCACCUCACGUCAAGUAACCAGGGAAUGGUCCUUCAUUUUGUAAAAGCAGAGAUUGGUGACACAGGCAAAUACACCUGUGUAGCAUCCAAUGCAGCUGGGGAUAGCAGCAAGCACUUCUCCCUAAAAGUGCUGGAGCCGCCUCACAUCAAUGGGUCAGAUGAACCAGAAGAGCUCUCCGUCAUCGUCAACAACCCUCUCGAACUUCUCUGCAUCUCUUCUGGCAUUCCAGUCCCCAAAAUCUCAUGGAUGAAGGAUGGGCGCCCACUUCUGCAGAAUGACAAUGUUCAUGUGCUAAGAGAAGUCCUUCAGAUAACCAGUGCUCAGGUGGAGGACACAGGACGAUACACGUGUUUGGCAUCUAGCCCAGCAGGAGAUGACGAUAAGGAAUAUUUAGUAAGAGUGCAUGUUCCUCCUAACAUUGCUGGUACCAGUGGCCCACAGGACCUCACCGUGUUGCAGAACAGACAAGUUAUACUGGAAUGCAAGUCAGAUGCUGUGCCACCUCCAACAAUCUCGUGGCUUAAAAAUGGAGAACUUUUCGAGGGAACUCCUCGUGUCCGAAUCCUCUCCAGUGGGCGCUACCUGCAGAUCAAUAACGCUGAGCUCAGCGAUACAGCAAGCUAUACAUGUGUGGCGAGUAAUAUCGCAGGAAAAAUGACCAGGGAGUUCGUGCUGACAGUGCAUGUGGCUCCUACGAUCCGAAGCAGUUCUCCAACCGCUGCGGUGCAUGUAAAUGCUUCUGCAGUUCUGGAGUGUGUUGCGGAAGGAGUACCGAGCCCAAGAGUUACGUGGAGGAAGGAUGGGGCUGUUUUCACUGGAAACAAUACGAGAUAUUCCAUGUUAGAGGAUGGAUCUCUGCACAUCCACUCAGCACAAGUUACUGACACGGGGAGAUACGUGUGUAUGGCAACCAAUCCAGCUGGCACUGAGCGCAGACGAAUUGAUCUUCAGGUUCUUGUUCCUCCAACUAUUGCUCCUGGACAUACAAAUAUUACAGUUACUGUAAAUGUGCAGACCACUUUGCCUUGUGAAACCACUGGAAUUCCCAGACCAACAAUUAGCUGGAAAAAGAAUGGGCAUCUGCUUAGCGUUGACCAGAAUCAGAAUAUGUAUAGACUUCUGUCUUCGGGUUCCUUAGUAAUCAUUUCUCCCACUGUGGAUGACACUGCUGUCUAUGAGUGCUCUGUGUCGAAUGAUGCAGGAGAAGAUCGAAGAGCAGUUGAGCUCACUGUUCAAGUGCCUCCAUCCAUAGCAGAUGAAGCCACAGACCUUUUGGUAACAAAGCUGUCUCCAGUCGUAAUUCCCUGCACCACCACAGGGGUUCCUGUCCCCUCGGUUCAUUGGACCAAAAACGGCGUAAAGUUGCUUCCCAGAGGAGAGGGCUACAGGAUUCUCUCUUCAGGGGCUGUUGAAAUACCGGCUGCUCAGCUCGCGCAUACAGGACGCUACACCUGCGUGGCCCGGAACACAGCUGGCUCAGCUUACAGACAUGCCACCCUUCACGUUCAGGAACCACCAGUUAUCCAAACUCAGGCAGGGGUGCUGGAUGUCAUUGUGAACAAUCCCGUUCUACUCCCGUGUGAAGCGACGGGCACACCCCGACCCAUAAUAACAUGGCAAAAGGAGGGCAUCAACGUCAUCACAACAGGCAACAGCUAUAUGGUCCUUCCAAGUGGCAGUUUGCAGAUUGCAAAAUCAGCUGUUGAAGAUGCUGGCACAUACAUGUGUGUUGCUCAGAAUCCAGCUGGCACUGCCCUGGGCAAGAUCAAACUGAAAGUUCAAGUUCCUCCUGUUAUCAAGUCCCACCUCAAGGAAUAUGUUGUUCCUGUCGAUCAAUCUGUCACUCUGCAGUGUGAGGCUGAAGGCUACCCUGGGCCGGAGAUCAGCUGGCACAAAGACGGACAGCCGAUAACCGAGUCCAUGAGCAAACGAAUUCUUAGCACCGGAGCGCUGCAGAUCGUGUUUGUGCAGCCCAGCGAUGCCGGCCGUUACACGUGUGUAGCGGCAAACCUGGCAGGGUCCAGCACAUCCAGCGCAGAGCUUGCUGUGCACAUUCCACCCAAGAUUCGCAGUUCGGAUACACAGUACACGGUCACGGAGGACUCCCAGGCUGUCCUGUCCUGUGUGGCUGAGGGAAUUCCACCACCGACAAUAAACUGGAAGAAGAACAAUAUGCUGUUAACAGAGAAAGUAGGAAAAUACCGGUCUCUGCCAGAUGGAGACCUCAUUUUGGACAACGUUGCUCCCGAUGAUGCUGGCAGUUACACCUGUGUUGCUAACAACGCUGCUGGAGAAGACACACACACCAUCACCCUGAUAGUUCACAUGCUUCCAGCUUUUACUGAGCUGCCUGGAGAUAUCGCUUUGACUAAAGGGGAACAGCUCAGAUUAACUUGCAAAGCAACUGGGGUACCCGUACCCAAAAUAACAUGGACCUUUAACAAUAACAUCAUUCCAGCACAGUACGAUGAUGUAAAUGGACAGAGCGAACUUGUUAUCGAAAGGGUAUCUAAAGAGGACUCCGGCACCUAUGUGUGCACAGCAGAAAACACGGUUGGCUCAAUCAAAGCUAUUGGCUUUGUGUAUGUCAAAGAGCCUCCAGUCUUCAAAGGCGAUUACCACUCCAGCCGCAUUGAGCCCUUGGGUGGCAACGCUAUGUUGAAUUGCGAAGUCAGAGGAGAUCCACCUCCAACCAUCCAGUGGAGCAAAAAAGGAGUUGGCGUUCCAACUAGCAACAGGAUCCGACAGCUUCACAACGGUUCUCUUGCGAUCUACGGCACUGUAAAUGAAGAUGCUGGUGACUACAAGUGCGUGGCCACCAAUGAUGCUGGUGUGGUGGAACGCAGCCUGACGCUAACACUUCAGAGUCCUCCGGUCAUUACUGUUGAACCUGUAGAGACAGUUAUCGAAGCUGGUGCCACAGCAAUGCUGAACUGCCAGGCCAACGGAGAGCCUCCUCCAGCCAUUGGAUGGUCCCGCCAAGGUCACCCAGUUGUGAGCGAUGAGAGGGUGACUGUCCUCUCUAACGGCUCCUUGCAGAUUGUUGCAGCGCGGAAGGAAGAUACAUCUGAGUAUGAGUGUGUUGCGAGGAAUCUAAUGGGAUCUGUUCUUGUUAGAGUACCGCUGACUGUCCAGGUGCAUGGUGGAUUUUCUAACUGGCUGGAAUGGCGAGCCUGCAGCGUAACUUGUGGCCAGGGGAUGCAGGAGCGAGUCCGUCAGUGCAACAACCCUCUCCCAGCAAACGGGGGGAGGAGGUGUGAGGGGCCUGCCCCCCCCUGCCACAACAAACCAUGCCCAGUGGACGGCAGCUGGUCGGAGUGGGGGCUGUGGGAAGAGUGUUCAAAAAGCUGUGGACAAGGCAACAGGACCAGAACCAGAACAUGCAGUAACCCCCCGGCCCAGCAUGGUGGGAAGCCCUGCGAUGGCAGUGCCGUGGACUCGGUCAUGUGUAACAUCAGGCCUUGCCCCAUUGAUGGUGAGUGGAGUUCUUGGCUGCCUUGGGGUCCCUGCAGUGAGACGUGCGGGAAGGGCACUCAGACACGGCUGAGGCUCUGCAAUAACCCUCCUCCUUCCCACGACGGGUCCUACUGUGAAGGCUCCGAUGCACAGAUGCAAGUUUGCAACAAGAGACGCUGCCCCGUGGACGGCAAGUGGGCCCCGUGGAGCAGCUGGAGCGCCUGCACCGUGUCCUGUGGAGGAGGCAGCAGGCAGAGAAUGCGCCACUGCUCCGACCCAGCCCCGCAGUUUGGGGGUCACAAAUGCGAAGGAAGUGACAUGCAAACUGAUUUUUGCAACAGCGAUCCUUGUCCCAUUCAUGGCAACUGGAGCCCGUGGAGUAGUUGGGGAACUUGUAGCCGAACGUGCAACGGAGGCCAGGUGAGGCGAUACCGGACGUGUGACAAUCCUCACCCUGCCAGCGGUGGAAGGGCAUGUGCAGGAGCUGACAUGCAGAUCCAGAGAUGCGGCACAGAACUGUGCCCUGUGGAUGGGAACUGGGGGCAGUGGCAAACAUGGAGCCAGUGCUCUGCUUCUUGUGGAGGAGGAGAGCAGACCCGGAUACGCCUGUGCAGCAGUCCAGCCCCGUUAAAUCGUGGGCGUCCCUGUCCUGGAGACUCCUCCCAGAUAUCCAGGUGUAACACCCAAGCAUGUCCUGGUGGGCCUUCACAUGCCAAAGGCAGCAUCAUUGGAAAUAUUAACAAUAUUGAAUUUGGGAUUGCUUUCCUGAAUGCCACAGUCACAGACAGCCCUGACUCUGAAAGUAGAAUAAUACAAGCCAAGAUUACGAACGUACCUCGGAGCAUUGGUCCAGCGAUGAGAAAGCUUGUUUCUAUACUCAGCCCAGUUUAUUGGACAACUGCAAAAGAAAUUGGAGAAGCAAUGAACGGGUUUACGCUCACUGAUGCCAUCUUCAAGAGAGAAACUCAAGUGGAGUUUGCGACUGGUGAGAUUCUGCGAAUGACUCACAUUGCCCGGGGCCUGGAUUCUGACGGAGCCUUGCUGCUGGAUGUCGUCGUGAGCGGUCACGUGCUGCAGCUCCAGUCUGUAGCUGAUGUCAAUGUGAAGGAUUACACGGAAGACUACAUCCAGACAGGCCCCGGGCAGCUGUACGCCCAUUCCACUCGUCUCUUCACCGCAGAUGGAGUGAGCGUCCCCUACACAUGGAACCACACCAUCACCUAUGACCACACUAAAGGGAAGAUGCCUUUCUUGGUGGAAACCCUCCAUGCUUCCUCUGUUGUGACGGAGUACAACCCGCUGGAAGAAACCGUGGCUUUUAAAAUCCAGGCGUCCAUUGCAAAAGGGGAUCGUAGCAACCAGUGCCCUGCUGGGUUUGGUUUGGACUGGACGGGGCCUUACUGUUCAGAUGAAGAUGAGUGCACUGUGCGGAAUCCUUGUUCCCACACCUGUCAUAACACCAUGGGAUCUUACUACUGCUCUUGUCCGCAAGGCCUCACCAUCUCUGCGGGUGGAAGAACAUGUCAGGAUAUCGACGAGUGUGCAUUAGGUGGGCACAGCUGCCACGCUGGUCAGGACUGCGAGAACACCAUCGGCUCGUACCGCUGCGUGGUUCGCUGUGGGAAUGGCUUCAGGAGGACAGCUGAUGGAUUUAGCUGCCAAGAUGUUAAUGAGUGUCAGGAGUCCAACCCCUGUCACCAGCGUUGCUUCAACACUUUAGGAAGCUUCCACUGUGGUUGUGAUCCAGGAUACCAGCUAAAGGGCAGAAAAUGCAUCGAUGUAAAUGAGUGCAGGCAGAACGUAUGCAGGCCUGAUCAACUUUGCAAAAACACCCGUGGUGGUUAUAAGUGCAUCGAUCUGUGUCCCAAUGGAAUGACCAAAGCUGAAAAUGGAACAUGCAUUGAUGUUGAUGAAUGCCAGGAUGGAACCCACCAGUGCCGCUAUAACCAGAUUUGUGAGAACACACGAGGAAGUUACCGCUGUGUGUGUCCACGAGGAUAUCGGUCCCAGGGAGUUGGAAGACCUUGUGUGGACAUUAAUGAAUGUGAACAAGUGCCUAAACCCUGUGCAUUUCAAUGCACCAACACCCCCGGCAGCUUCACGUGUAUCUGUCCACCUGGACAAUACUUAUUAGGUGAUGGGAAAUCUUGCGCUGGAUUGGAGAGAUUGCCAAAUUAUGGCGCCUAUUACAGUAGCUAUAACUAUGCUCAAUUCUCCCCUGUGAGAGACAACUAUCAACAGCAACAGUAUUACAGGCACUCCUCAAAUCUCUACAGCUCCUUCUCAGAGUAUAGAAACAGCAGAAUACCUUUCUCCAGGACUAGAAGGAACAUUAGAGAAACUUGUCCUGAAGGCUAUGAGGCAAGAAAUGACAGAUGUGUAGAUCUUGAUGAAUGUGAAACCAGAGAUACCUGCCAGCACGAGUGCAGGAACACGCUGGGCAGUUACCAGUGUGCUUGUCCGACCGGCUAUCGCCUUAUGCCCAACGGCAAAACCUGUCAAGAUAUUGAUGAGUGCCUGGAGCAGAACAUUAACUGUGGAUCAAAUCAGAUGUGUUUCAACAUGAGAGGAAGCUACCAGUGCAUAGACACACCCUGUCCACCAAAUUACCAGCGGGAGCCUCUUUCUGGGUUCUGCCUCAAAAGCUGCCCGGCCAAUGACCUGGAGUGUGACCUGAGUACCUACGCCCUGGAAUACAAGCUCCUUUCCCUCCCCUUCGGCAUAGCAGCCGGUCAGGAUUUAAUCCGCCUGGUCGCCUACACUCACGAUCAAGUCGUGCACCCAAGGACGACUUUCCUAAUGGCAGAUGAGGACCCGGCCAUCCCAUUUGCCCUGAGAGAUGAGAACUUGAAAGGAGUUGUGUUCACCACGCGAGCGCUGCGGGAGCCCAAGACGUACCGCAUGGGAGUCAGAGCCUUAUCCUACAGCAUCAGUGGAAAUAUCGAGUAUCAGACAACUUUCAUUGUUUAUAUAGCCGUGUCGGCCUACCCCUAUUAA